AUGAAGUUGACUGAAACCAACGCCACAACUAGCAAAGCCAAAAACACAAUCACUGAAAAUUUGUUUAGGCGCAUUCACAGCUACACCCCGCUAAGGGUAUGUGGAGUCAUGGCCUAAAUAUUGCCGCUAUAAACAGUAAAAUCAAGUGUAACAGUGCAGAUUAUAAGCAAUUUAUAAAACCCCCAAGAAACAAAGUUGCCGCCAUCUUGAAGCGAAAGCUUUGCGGGCUCAAUAUUGGUCACGUGCCUUGAAGUGCCAAAGAUGUUCAAAAAUAUCUCGGAAUGAAAAUAAGCUUGUAAUUCUUUGUUGAUAUUAAAUAUUUUGUGUUGAACCAGGGGAAUUGAAAAUUAAUUUGUCUUCACUACGGAAAUACCCUAGAGAAUAUCAGGCUUGGAUUUUUUGGCACAGUGCUAAGUAGUGAACCCUAGCCCUCAGGCCGCUUUUCGCGCGCACCAUUGUCCGGAAAUAUUCAUUGGAGGGUAUAAUAAAGUGUGUGGAUACGGCUGGUUGACGCGGAAAUUUCGAGAGGAAAAAUUAUCGCUCCCAUGUAGAAAGUGAUAGCCAGAGAGCCUUUCACAUCUACGAAAAAGACGUAGUAGUUUGUUGUGUCGUAAGAGGAAAAGAUUUAGUCAGGUAAGCAUUUAAAAUUGAGCUUACUUUCAAAUCUGAAGUUCUUACGGUGUUCAUUCUUGACAUGUCAUUUUGAGUUCUGUUGGUAUAUGUCUGAGUGGUAUUCUAGAACACCGGUGGUGUAGCUUCGUUGUUUUAGAGCACGCUGUAGUAAGAGCCUGUUUUUCAAUAAAAAUGUGAGCAAUUCUCAGAAUGUAUGUAAGACCUAGCGUUCAUGUAAACGAAAAGAAUCGAAGAUGACUGCCAUCUGACGCGUACCGUCGUAAUGGAGUUUCAUAGCCUGAAGUACACUGCUGCUGAAGUGCUACCUUAACCACACGAGUAUGUACAAUUUCUUGUAUUGGAACGGCCUGACGGGACCGUAUCGUUUUCGACGUGUCUUUCGAACCUCGUUCUGCAUUCAACCUUAUGCAUUGAUCAAAGCAAAUUUCUCGGAGGUUUGAGGGUUAUUAAGUUCACGAAAUACAUGAGCUCUUGCUCAACUUAGGAAUUUUUCUUUCUUUUAAAAUUUCGUUGAUGUUGUGUGUUGUUUUCCUCAUAAGAGUUAAGUUUAUUUCUUUCUCUCUAAUAUUGCUCUGAAGUUGUUUUAUACUUGUAAUAUUGAUAAUUAACAUUUCGCGUCAGCGUUUUCUAUUUUUGACGAGGAGACGACGCUUAAUUAGUCAGCAUGAAAUUCAUGCGCGCAAAGGGAGCUCAGUUAGUUCGGUUGAGGGUAAACCGUACCCCUCUAAUUUUUAAACAGAGAGGCAGAAAGAAUCGCAAUUCUGAUUACCUCUACUACUAAUCCAAUGAGAGUUUUUAUCAUGCAGAUGAGAUCAGAGUUAAUUUUUGAUGAAGUAAAUGGGGGUAAAUAUCGAAGUUUUCGAAUCGUUCAUUUGCAACGCAAUGGUGGACAACAUUCUUUUGAAAGUAAUCCAAAUUUUUCUAGCAGUUUCCUUGUUGAAUAAAUGGUCAUCUAUUACGCAUAAAACUAUUGCACCGAAGAAUUUUUCAACUUUGUUUCGUUUAAGGUUUUUUUGUUUGUUCCAGUUAUUCUUUGUCUUCGUUUACAAUCCGUGUCAUGUUUACAUUUUUGUUAUUUUGUGUUUGUGAUGUUAAUUUUUAAAUUGUUUGACGUGUCGCUAAGAUCCCAUGGUGUUCAUGGCAAUUACAGCAGUAUGAUGGCGUCAUUCAUUCAUUCAUUUUUGCUGACCCGAGUUAGAUAAAAAUAGUUUUGCGGUAAAACUAUUUAAAAAAAAUGCAAAAAUCAAAGUCUUCUUGGAAAAUUACUUGCUGGUUUGUUAUUUUGUGUGUUUAUGUGAAUGUUGUUACUAUAACAAUAUCCAGAGAAGAAAUAAAGAAAUUGUGAUUUUAGAGCUGCAUCAUUUGGGUUUACCAUGAGACUGAAUUAAAAAAAUAUGUGGAAAUUAAACCUUAUUAUGCGGCAAAAACAGUCUUUCGUGCUGCAAAUUUUUCUAUAAAGUAGAGUGGGCAUAAAGCACUUCAUUUAUACUCUCAUUAUAUUCACAAGUCAACAGAGUUUACUUUUUCCUAAGGUAAAAAACCUUUAGUAGUAGUAGUAGUAAAUUUAUUAAAUCUCCAGCCAGUGGCUCUUCCGAUUUAAUUUACAAUAAUUGGAAAUCGAAUAAAAACGACUUAUAAAAAUUACAAUAAUAUCAUGAUAAAAAAAAAAAAAAAAAAACUAAUUCAAAUAAAUAAAUUAACCUAUUCUAAAAAUGCUAAACCUAAAAAUUUACUACGAACUAUUAUAUAUUUCGCUUUUACUGCACGCUUAAAAACUGAGAGUGUUGCGCUAUUUUUUGUUUCUUCACUUAUAAGAGAAUUCCAAGCAGUGAUUGCUCUGUAACUAAAGGACCUCUGUGCUGUGGCUGUCCUACAAAGCGGUACGACUAAAUUGUCCCUAGAUCUAGUAUUGUAGCUGUGGAUAGCUGAUCUUUUGUUGACGUAACACUCUAAAUAUGGUGGUGCAAGGCCAUUAACUAUUUUGUAUAGCAUCGUAACAUCACGCACUAGUAACUGAUUCUUAACAGAAGGCCAACACAAUGCACGCAGCACUGGUGAGAUGUGAUCAAACUUCUUGGUGUUAGUCAACACACGGGCGGCGUAAGUUUUGUACGAGUUGCAGUUUGUUUAUGUUGUGCACAAACGUUCCAGACCAGACUGUCGAGCAAUAAAAAGUUUACAAAAAACAAGACAGUUCAGAAUGGUAGUGAGUACUGAUUUAGAAAACAGGUGCCUAACUCUGUUUAUCUGGCAUAAGAUAGAAAUAAGAGACGAGGUCAAAGUGUUAACAUGUUCAUUAAAAGUAAGGUUCGAGUCCAAAAUUAUACCCAGGUCUUUGACUGAGGACACAGGAAUUAAUUGUUGCCCAAGAAAGGGGACUCUAAUGUCAGGUACCUUACUUAAAAGCUGUUUCGUUCCAAAGAGGAUAAGUUUAGUUUUGUCUGGAUUAAUAAGCAACUUAUUCGUACAGCACCAAGAGGCAAUAAGUCGGAGAUCUUCCGAGACGUUUGCAAUGCAGGAGUCAAUGUUUUCGGAUGAACACGAAAGAUAAACUUUUGUGUCGUCAACAUAUGACUCUACACUUGAAAACUUAACAACGGACGGUAGGUCGUUCAUGUAGAGACUGAACAUAAGAGGUCCUAGGAUAGACCCCUGUGGAACGCCAUGUGUGACGGUUAACUCAAUGGAGCGAGAUGUACCAAGUCGUGUCGACUGCAUUCGGUUUGUAAGAUAACUCUCAAACCAACGUAACGCUUCAUUUGACGCACCAAGCCCUUUCAGCUUGGUGAGAAGAGUUCCAUGACAUAUGCUGUCAAAAGCCUUACUCAAGUCGAUUAGGACCAUAGCCGUGAUCUCCUUUUUAUCCAUCGCUUUAUAUAUGUGACCAGUGACAAGCAAACUUAGUGUUUCAGUAGAAUGGAAUUUACGCUUUCCACUUUGAUGACAGGUGAGGUUGCCUUGUUGAGUCAAAUACUCAGUAAACUGAUUUAGGGCGAUCUUUUCGGUCACUUUAGAAAGUACCGGCAGUAGUGAAAUUACUAUUAUUCAUAGUUUAAAUGUUGUUGUUUGUCCAGAUCAUAAUAUACAAUAAUAAUAUACAAUAUUUAUAGAGCGCUAAUUCCCAAUACAAAUUAAAAAUUAACUUUAAGGUUCCUUAAUGUAAAUUAUGCAAUGAUUAGGAUACAAUUUGUGAGCAACUAUGCCAAAUUAAAUAUUACCAGAAGCUGUGCAAGUUCAUCUGCUGUUAUUUUCAUCCAUAAUAAUUUGUUUAACAGAUGAGUGGAAGGCCGGGAGAUUCCAGCCCAACAGACAGUGGCGUGGACACUCGAGAUUGGGAAGGUCAGUAAUCAAAUGGGUUGUUUGAAUCAGCGUAAGAUUCUGGGAAAGUGCCCACAUACCCCUCCCCUAAUGCGACAUUUAUUUGGCCCUCAGUGAAAAUUAAGCGGUGAUGUUAGAUUAAGGGUGGGUGGGUGGGCAGUUUCCGAGAAUCUCUUACUGAUCUUGUUGUUUCAUGGUGUGUUUUUUGUGCGUGUGUCAUGGUGUAGACUACUGGUCUUAAGUUCAAUGCCACUUGAUGAAGAUGUCUUCACUGACUACAGUGUAGGUCAAGAAAUUGGCAAAACAAAUGUCAUGAUGUUGAUAAUAAUUGUGGUAGCAGGCCUGAAAGAGAUGUGAUGCAAGAUAAUUUUUUUGGAGCAGAAACUAACAUGCCAUUUGCCCCACAGUGUCAUUUCACUAUACUAUUAUAAUUUUUGUUCUUUCAUAUUUAAAUUUUGUAAUACCAGAAAGGCUUAAAAUAACAAGAGCUCUAAUUUACUCAACAAAGUAAAAUCCCUGGAGGAUGUUGGUAUUAGUAGUACCAGUAAAAGUGAUGACAUUGUCAUGCAAAUGGUAUUGUAAAUUAAAAUUAAUGAUAAUAAAAAAUAAUCAAUUGCUACAUUUAUUGCAGAAGCAACAGGUAUUUUCAGUAAGUACUGUAUAUGUGUCUCUUGAAUUAAAUUUAUGUUAUAGACUUACGGUAUCUUGUAUUACUCAUGAGCAUAACAUAUAAUAUAAACACAACAAAAGAAUGUGUAAAUUUUCAAAACUUCAAAAGUAAUUUUUAAAUUCCCACAUUUUUACCUCUCAUUUUAAGUCAGUUGUUUGAACCAACAAUGCAAUCAAUGCAAUUUUUGUAAAAUAUAAUAUUUUGUUGAUAGACCUGACUGUGCUCUUGAUUCUGUUCAGAAUCUGCUGCAAUACACCAUGAAAUUUAUGUCCAUAUAAAUGUGAUUGCAAGUGCUAUCCUCAUCUUGGCAACUUGUAAUGUUGAUUUAUAGAACUAAUGACACAUACAAACAUUGCUGUGCUGUUGAAACCCAAUGACUAUUGACCAUUAUUCCUAAUGAUUAUUUACAGCAACCUGAAUUAUCUGUGAAGUUGUUACCCUAAUUAACAUACCAAUGAAUAAGAACUGAAAUUUGCUGGUAACAGCUAUUAGUUAUUUUAAUUAUUUCCUUGUUUGCAUGUCCCUCUUGGGAAAGUUAAGCAAACUUAAGUCUACUAGAGGUGUAAGCACGUGAAUUUCAUACAGUGCACAUGUGCAUUCAGUGAACUUUGGUUUUGUUCUUUCCUGACCCUCAGUGACCCUAUGUGAAGAUCUUUGGAUGUUCACAUGCUUUAAGACUAUUAAAAUCUCAGAAUUUGAUUGUCUUAACUAAAACCAUAGUUAUUAGAGGAGACUGGUUAUGAAAAGCGGCAAACAUCAAUGAUAAAAACAACAGUGCUGCAGUUUAUGUUGGAAGUACCCUGAAAGUGCACAAUCCUUUGUUUUCUGUUGGCAAAUUGUUACGGAAUAAAUUAAUGCAACCUUUUUAUUGGUCAAUACAAUCAAAAUGAUAGGAAUUCUUUUGAACGUUGUGCACUUUCAGGUCCACAAAAAUAUAUAACAAAGGAGUCUGACGGGUUUCAUAACCAUUCCACUCGAUUAACUAUGCUAAAACUAGCUCUAGCUCAUUACAGGUUGUCAUAAAACGUUUUUUUUUUUAUUUUUAAGUAAAAUUAAUUUUUAGGGGAUUAAAGCUGUAACCAGUCAUCUGCAAGAACUUAUUUUCUCAGCAUUUGUUGAUUGCACGUUAUAAAGAUAGGUUCAAUUUUAUCCUUGGUUUAUUAACAUUUUAUAAUACUUUGUUUCAGACUCAUUAUCACAGAUUACCAUAUAGUCAAAUUACAAAGUAAAAUUAAGUUGAAAGCAGGGACAAUUUUGAACCACAACAUAUUCACUGACUUUGUAUUUUCACUCUUUUUUCCACCAGGGCCAAGAAUGGUAAGUAGACAAAAUAACUGAUAUUUGUUUGGUUUACUAAAUUUACUUCUCCUUUAUAGACUCAUCACUGACCAAACCAGUAAGGUUGGUCAGAUUCUUCUUCAGUUUAAAAAUUAUCAAUGAAACUAGAUUAAUUUAUGUUUUUCUUUGUCUCAAAUUAUGAAAAUGAUUGUGAAAAAAAAGGAAAUAAAAAGUGGUGAAACAGAAUAUGUUUUAUAUAUGUAUGAAUCCUAACUUCUCAAGGUGAAUGUCAUGAAAAUUUUGUUCAUAGUGUGGUAUGUUUACAAAAAACAUAAUAAUUUUCUGCGCCUUUCUAGACAAUGUCUAUUCUUCUCUCUACUGUCUUUAAAAUUCUUCUGUUGUUAUUAUUAUUUUUUAGCUCAAUGGUACUGGUCCAAAAAAGUCCCCCAAAAACUCGCCAAAUCUAGGACCUCAUAAAGGUAACGAGUAUAAAUUUAUAUAAAGGUUAGUACAGUAUGUUGUAGUGCAGGACCAUGGUCUUGCAUAGCCUGGUGGUUGCCCAUAGUGAGUUUCCUUUUGCCUUCUGGCCUUUGAGGCUUGUUUUAAAUGUCAAACUUUAAAUUAGAAAAUUAGUUUUAAAAAUGCACAACUAAUGAACACUUGAAUUUAUUUUUCCAGUAUAGAAUAAUAUUUGUAUUUCUUUUUGUUGUCUUGUAAGAUAUCAAGACGAUGCCUGUUCCAGCUGCAAGUCAAUUUCAAGCUAGGACAAAUUUUCUUCUUGAGGUAUUUUUACACAAUAUUGACUAGGUAAUAAGACUUUAAUUUUACCUCGUGGUAAAUGCAGUUAAUGGAAUGUAACAUCUAAAGGGGGCAGGGUGUGUGAGACUGCCUGACAUUAAAGGUCAAAAUACGGUAGUUUUGUAAUUCCUUCUAUGAUCGAAAGACGUCUCUUUUAGCUGUGAACAAAGGCUUUUCAUGGCUAGAAGUAUCUCAAUUUAGAGCAUUUCCCCAGUUUACAAAUACAUCUUAGCAUUGCCUCACCUGGUUGUUAUUCAGUCAGCUUCCAGAAAAGCACUUUCAAAAAUUUUGUUACCCGCCUACCCUCUGUUUGGAGGCAUAUUACUUUGUAUUAAAAUAGGCAGAGUAGUAACAAUAACAAUUUCAACUGUUUUAUGUCUAUUAUUAUUAUUAUUGUUUUGUUACUAUUACUAUUAUUAUUAUUAUGGUGUGAUCUUCUUCUUCUUCUUCUUCUUCUUCUUCUUCUGGAAUAAAGAAAAAAGUAUGCUCUGUGGUUAUCUCAUUUUUUGGGGUGGUCAUAUUGAUAUGUAGAAAGCAAAAGGUCUUGAAAAGUUUUUGUUCAAUCUCUAAAUCGUGGAACCAUUUGUAAUGAAUUUUGAAGUCUCAAUCAGGGUUGUCAUUAAGAUUUCAAGUUGCUGGGUAAAUGCAAUUAAGUAGGCAGGGAAUUAAUCAACUAGGGAUUUCAAUUUGUUCUAUUUUUCUUCUAUUUUCCAAUAAAAGUAGCCAGAGGCCACACCCCUGGUAGCCAGGGGAAAUCCCUGGCCCCCGGCUCUUAAUGACAACCCUGCUCAAUUGUUUGCAGAGUUUCUUUUGAUUGCUUCUCAGUCUUUUUACCUUUCGCAGCAGUCUCAAAUUUCUUAGCAAUGUCCUGGUAACCCAGCGAGUCUUGGAUUUGACCAUUUCAUAACCCUGUGUUUUUUUUUUCUCUGCAGCACUUAUCUUCAUUCACAUUAAAAACUGCUCAAGAGGCUCAAGUCCCUCCUCGGGAAAGACUGAAGCAGACUAAGGUAUGAUAUUCCGCCCUUUACAGCCAUGUGUUCUCAUGACAUUUGAGAAAUGAGCCUUGUGUGGUCAAUCAGUAAUUAUCAGUGUCAUUCACUGAGGAUUUGUAUUAUCAAUGCUGAUUAAUCUAUUAUUGUGAGAAAUUGGUAGCCAUUCAAUUAAGAGAAGUUGACAUGAUCAUGACAACAUGAUCAAUAUUUUUAUUCCUGGUUUUUGUUGGUGUUUAUCAACAAUUUUUGAUAUCUAUUGGUCACUUUGCAAUUGGGUUCUUUAUUACAACUGUCGAUAACUCUCAAAACCACUCAUUAACGGAUCUAAAGGACCAGUAUAUUAAUGUGUUACUAACAUACUACAGUCAUGUAUCAGUUAGUUUUGAUUUAAGCAACAAACCCUUUAUGCCUUAAAUUAUUUGUAAAAGUCUAUGUUGAGGGGCGGGGGCAGGCUUAUUUUCAUGAAGCCAUGAUUGACCAUUUUUGGUGUCCGUGAAUCCUGAUCUACUGAAAAACUGUUCUGUGAAUCAUGAUUGAAAUGCACUCAAUGAGAAAAGUGAACUGCUAAAGUAAUGGUCUAUACUGUACACGUACAUUGAAGAUGAAUUGAAGAAAUUAAAUCAUUAAUCUGGCCAAACAAUCUUAACUAGCAUCUGGCGGCUUGAAUUGACUUCACUUUUGAGUCUUUUAAUGUAAUUUCACACCUCAGUGCGCUCAGACCCACCAACAGCCGGCUUCCCUAGGGAAUUUAUAGCCGCGCAGAGAUCACCCAAACACAUGGGUGAGAUCAAAUACCCCAUUUGUUUUGUGACUCAUGACACACAAAAUUCUUGUUUGUGAACUCGUGAGAAGACCACCCCACCACCCCUCCCUCUUGCCCCCCCCUCCCUCCUCCUCUGUGUUUAUCCCUGAUCUUUUACAUUCCUGGCAAAUGCUGUGAACUUUGAAAUGUUACUCUUUUUGCAACAGGAAUUAUUAGCGAAAGGAAACCAAUGGACAAAAGAGAUGGAAAUGAGGUUGACAGACACUGAUGUGGUGCUUUUAGAUGGAGAAACACAGGUGAAGAUUAUGCUUCAAUAUUAAUUGUUUUGUAUUUAACCUGGGCUUUCAACAACAAGAGACAAAUGUUGCAUCUUGAGAGGCGAGAGUCGCCUCUCAAGGGACAGAAGUUUUGUCUUAUAGACGAGACUCUGUAAGUGUUUGUAUAGUGGGCCUUAAGUACAACUUACAGUGUACAAAUAUUCAGUUGGACAAGUGUCAGUCUGCUGAAAGGGAGGCUGUUGGUUAAAAAACCCUGGCCUGACCUACACUCGCUCGCUUAUAGGAGAAAUUGCUGCCUUUGUAAUGACAUCUGCAAACAGUUUCUUCUCGGAUAAGACAAUAAACCGUUGGCUCCAUCUUCACAUGCAAGCGAUACAUUCUGUGAGACAGCAGAGAAACCACACAUUGUUCAUAAAAAGUAGGGGAUGUAGCAACUGGUGUGGUGGUCUACCUAAAAUUCACACUCACUGUAUAGGGGGCAUGAUAACUCGUUCUUUCACUAAUAUUGUACGUUGUAAACUGCACCAUAAGCAGUCUAGCAGAAGUCCCUCAACCAGUGUUGUAAAUUGUCCCUGAAAAGCCCUGAGUAGAGUGUAUAAUAAAAUAUUUACAAUUUACAAUUUAGCUUGUUGUAUAUAACACCACCACCAUGCUGUAAGAUCCUAUAUUUAGCCUUGAUUAAACAUGAAAAUUUAGCAAGACCCAAGCAAAAAUAAUUUGGAAUCAACAACAAUUCCUUGCAAUACUGAGGUAAAUUAUUAUUUCUUUGGCCUUUGUUUUAACAUGAUCUGUUUUUUUGUUAUAGGAUGUUGUUGAAGUGUUCUCCUUGAGUACAAUUGGCCAUGUUCAUCAUUUUAGUGAUGACCCUGACUUGAAUAGUGUGCUUGUAUUCAAUACAAUGCAGACAGAAAAUAGAUUUGGGGCUAUGCACCUGUUUCAGUCAGACCGAGUUCCGGUAUGUACUUUCAGACUGUUCAAGUUCGUUGUAUUAUAUGUUAUUGCAGUGAUUUCAGUGCGUGACAAUAAUAUUAUCACAAAACCUAUCUCAUGCCAAAAUUAUUGGAGACAGCCCUAAAUAUACCAGUGAUAGAAAAAGCAUAAAAUGAGAAGUGGGUUUUCCAACUUUUAGGCUUUAAACCCUGAAAGUCAACAGUGGAAUUUCAUGGUAAUUUGAAUAACGGAGAAAGACAACUGGACAAAGUUGCUGGACUGCAUUUAACCAACUCGCAGUGCUGCAAUUCUUCCCAUGCAAAACCUUAAAAUUUUGCAGACACUUUAGCACCAAUAAAUUCUUAGUCUCGUGUGUCAAUCAUCUCAAAAUUGGCUUCUUACGUAAUACCAUUUCUAGUAUUAAUUAAGUUGUAUCUCAUAAUUUCUGCUUCAAGCAGGUCACAUGACUGCAUUAGUUGUGAAGGGCUUAUUAGCUUGUGAAUUAGCAGCUGUUAGGGAUAUUAAAGAAACAGCUGUCUUGGCAGCCACUUUGUAAUAAACCUUGGGAGGCAACCUCUCCUUACAGACAACUCUUCAAUACAAACACAUUGCAGAAAGUUCCUUUGCUCCUUAGAUCACAGGGCCUGUUUUAUUUUCACCAACCAAGACUGUUUAGUUUAGGUGUCAGUGAAGUAACUACUAAAAACUCCAUAUUGCAAUUGUCUACAGGCAGCAGUGGUGGCCACAGAAAUAAUGAAAGCUUCCAGCAGCAGAUCGGUAUGUUAUCAUCAGAUAAAACAGAUCCUAUUCCCCUGUUACCAUCACCAUGGUUUUCCUCUAACAGUGCUUGUGGAACACUCGGCUUACUAAAUUUUUUUUAGUCCCGCCUGCAAGUCAAAAGUUCCCAAUGAAAAUUGCAGACUUGAGUUAAAUCUUACUGAAUACAUGUUUUUCCCCUCCUUAUUAACAUAUUAUAUUUUUACAGGCUAUGCCACACAAAUUUGCUGCAAAGGGUGGUGUUAUACUGCCCCCACCCCCUACUCACCCAGCACCCCCUCCUCCCAAGGUACAGUUUGAAGAUUUUUUUCUAAUCUUGUUGUUGUUAUUGCUUGAAUGUAGCAGUCUGUCACUCAUCUAAGUUCUAAACUUUACUCAGCAAUCAUUAAACACUAUAACCAGCACAUUAAUGUUUGUAUGUGGGUUCCUGCCAACAUCUGUUAUUACUCUCAGACGGCUAAAAAGGGCAGAAGUAAUAUUUGAAAUGAUGAACUAACUUGCAACUAAAUGCUUGCAGGGCUGGCCAAGUCAAUGUUUUACUUGUUUUGGAAAGUGAAAGAUAAAUAACAGGAAGGAAGUCGAGUGGAAAAAAAGAAAGAAAAUUAACUAGAUGUUACGUGCAGUCAGUUUUGCUGACAAUGUACCACAAUCAGAUUCUUUGAGACAAUGUAGGAUUGCAUAUGUCAUAGCUUCCUGGCCCUAUUUCUACUUUGUUUUGAUUUUUUUGCAGGAAGUUGAUCAAGAAAGACUGGAUCUCUAUGAGAAGUCACUGGUGGCACAAACCAUUGCAGCAUUUUCUGCAGCUUCAGAAAACAUCGCUACAAAAACUGCAAAGCCACAAGUAGCAUCAAAAUACCAAGCAUCAGAAUCAACAUCUGACAUUCCUGACGAAUCAUUAUCUGCUGAAAUCUUAGAGGGACGCACAAACAGAGAUGUGGUAGGAUGUUGAACCUUAAAUUGUGCUUGUUUGUGAGUCACUUUUACUUGAAAGCUCUGGUGACCAGCAAAAAUCAUUGUCUUAUCAUCACAGAAGCACCAGCCACUUACUGCAAAGAAUUUUCCAUUCAUGACGAUAAAAUAAUCAGUAUUAAUGUUUUGCAAUGCUUCGUUGUAUGAAAACAAAUACAUGGUAUACAAUAAAGCAAAUGUGAGUAAAUUAAGGUGCCAUCUGCUAUCCUCAUGGCUAAAAUACUAAAAAAUGGGGAAGGUCCAAGACUUGCCCAAUGGAAAUGGGGGGAGCUUCCAUACCCAUUCCCACACGUGAGCGCCUUUUAGGAAAUAUCAGGAUUCAUCAUCAAUAUACUGAACUUACCAGGGUGCAAAGAAAGUCAGUUUUACAGCUUACCGUUCAAGCAAGCGGCAGCCAACAUUUACUAGCCCUGGAGUCAUUUUAAUAAGCCAGGAAAAAAGUUUUGAGGAGCAGGGUGAAUUCCAGUUCUUCUGUAAUGUGAAUUUCCUUAAAAAAAUCGUUUGCCCGUCUGGCAAGUUAAGAACCAAAUUUACUAGCCCGAUAGCAAAAUCCACUAGUCCCAGGCUUUUGGACAUGACUUUCUUUGCACACUGCAUACUUAUAAUAGUAAUAGUCAUCUUAACAGAUAUUAUUUUGUCAUUAUUAACUAGCAAGAACUCGAUGCAUAUUUCAAGUGCCAAAUUCAAAGAAUGAAACUUCUAAAAUAUGCUGAAGCUUUUGACUGUUGAAGUGAUAUACUGUGCAAAUAUUACAUUUUUCAUUUUUCAUUGCAGCAAAUUUUAAACCACUGUAUUGAUGAUAUCGAGAAUUUAGUCUUGCGAACAAAAAAGUCAGCUGAAGCAUGGAAGAAGUUGAACAAGAAGAAAGGAAAGUCUAAACGUAAGUUCUCAAAUUAUCUUUGUUGAAACCCAGUUUACUGCCAUGAUGUUAGGGUGCAAAGAAAGUUAUUUUAAAAGCUUGCAAUUCGGACAAGCUUAAAAGCUAGUGUACACUAGCCCAAAAGUCAUUUCAACUAGCCCCCAAAACAUUUUGAUGAGCAGAAUUAAUUUCACAGUUCCUCUGUAAUUUGAAUUCCUCAAAAAACCUCACUUGCCUGUCGGGCAAGUUAAGAACAAAAUUCAUUAGCCCGAUAACAAAAUCCACUAGCCCUGGGCUAUUGGACACUACUUUCCUUGCACGCUACAUGAGGUUGUACUAAAUCAAUCAAUUUUGUCGUGUUAGCAGCUCAGUUGGCUGAGCACCAGCCAGCCAAUUUGCUCUUCACAAUAUAAAAAUGAUUAAAAAAAUUAUUUUUCACCCUGAAUUGGGCUGAUUUGUUAUACAACAUAUAGCAAACACGAGAAACGAUCUGACUUGGAAAAGUCUCAGAUUUACAAAAAACAAAUCAGCCCAAUUUUAGGUAGCCUCCCAUGCAGAUGUCUUGCCCUAGAAGAACAUCUGCAUGGGGGGCUAAAUUGUAGGCCUAUUCACAUCCUUGCAUUUCCCUUUGAGUAGAAGGAGUGGCUCGAUAAAUCAUAGCCUGUGCAUUGACACUUACACCGCACAGACAGAUUAUACUACUGUAAACUGGCCUUAAGCAUAAGAUUGUGGACUAAACCUCUGCCCAGACUAACAAUCAGAGACUGUAAAAAGCUGCAUGAUAAGAUUAUGCUAGCUGCUGUAUGCCUUGUCUCAGUUUACAUCAGGUGGCUACCAUUUAGUCUUUGACCUUAAAUCCUAAUUUGUGAACACUAGCUUUUUAUGAAGUUUUAGCCAAUUAGAAAUGGAGAAAUAUUUUUAAUGAAUAAUGAUGUUCUGUUUUUUUUCCUCACCUUGCAGGAGACAGUAUGUUGUCACAUGAAGCUCGACCCCCUCCAGAGGCAGACUUCCAUGAUGCAUUUCAGAAAUUAAAACAUGCUUUUAACUUGCUGGUAAGAUUUUCAUUUCCUCUUUCCUACCUCAACUGUUGUACAGUCUAUGUUUGGCUUAAAGGGGGUAUGGAGAGAAAAGCGUCUGCAAGUGACCUGUCACCAUUUUCAACUCAUCCUUGUGUUGUUCAGAGCCGGGAUUUUCAAUGUGCUGCGUAUAUAUUUCUCAGCCAAGUUGAUAGCAAAUGAAAAUCCUUUGAAGUGCAGUGUAACCCUUUAAGCCCCAAUAUCUACACACAAAUUCUCCAAACUGAUCUCCAUACAUUUCCUUUAAGAAUCAGUUGAGAGAAUUUGAUGGCAGAUCAAAGCAUUUUCUCUUUAGUGAUCACUUCAUAAAUUCUCAUAACCUAAUCUCUUGACAAGGUAUGAAUAUUGUUGGGUGAAAAUUGAUGUUGGUCACCAUUGGGACUUAAAGGGGUAAAGGACAUGCUAGUCUUAACAUUUUCUACAUUGUAUAUAGGCGGAUUCAUCGUGACAUCUUUGUUUACAUUUUUGCUCAUUAGCAUACAAGUUAACCCAUAGCCGAUUUAGCCUUAUAUACUAAUUAGGUUAAAAAAAUAAAAGAGCUGGUUAAUUUAUGCAGUUUGUGCAAGUUUCAGCUCUUUGCAAUUAGUAGCAAAGAAAAUAGUAGCAAUUAAAAACUGCAAAAUUACUGGGUAGCAUUGUAAAUUUUGGGGUUUUUCAAAGAGAAUUUCUCCAAAAUUAUUUCAUCUAUCGGGGGUCAAAUUUUCGGAGAUAACUGAAAUUGUUAUGUUCUUUCAAUAUUCAGAAAUUUCAUUUUAUUCGCUUCAUCAGAUAAUGAAAAGCCUAUGCUAAUGAGGCAAAACAUGUAAACAAGGAUUAUGUGAUUACUGACAAAGAACUCAUUACCCAUAACCUCCUUUGCUUUUCUGUCAAUCAAUCUGUCAAUUCUGUCAAUCAAGUCAUAGCCUGUACGACAGGAACCGAAAGGGGAGGGGAAAGGAGAGAAAAGGGAGAGGGGAUAUGAGGAGAGAAGAAAAGAAGACUCUUCCUUUUCCCUUGCACACUUUUCUCCUCCUACCCUCCUCUCUUUUGCACCUGCCACGCAGGCUAUUAACUCUUAUGAAAUUAAUCAAUAAAAAUCCUUGGUUCUGUUCAAGGGAACACCAACAGCCAUGAUACAUGUAUAAGCUGCAGUUACAUGACCUAACAAAAGUUACUUUUUGUACCCACAGGGUAAAUUGAGGAAUCAUAUCCACAAUCCUAAUGCCGCUGAAUUAGUUCAUUAUUUAUUUGUUCCUCUAUCCUUGUUGGUUCGCUGCACUGGAGGGUAAGGCCUAUGUUGCAACAUUCAUAAACCACUUUAUCCAGUAUACAUGUAUAUUUGCGACGCCUUGGACCAAUUGUCUAAAAUUUCAAAUUUUUCAGUUUCUCAGUUAAUGAAAAGGCACAGGAUUACAUAACAUUGACCAUUAAUAAUUCAUAUUUUUGCAUUGCUUAAUUGAGCUUGUGUGGUAUUCAAACAAAAAGAAGUCUGGAGCGCGGGUGAAAAGAACUGAUAGAGAGCUUGUGACUGGUAGGCUUGUGUAUAAAUCCAGGCUUUUGGUACUUCAUGCCUCAUGAGCAAAAACAACAACAACUGCAGUUGAGCAAUAACUUAAUGCAACUUCCAUGACUUGUAAAUUAGUCCAGAUUAAACUAUAACUUACUCUUGCAUCUCCUUUUCCACCAAGUGGAGAGUUUGCUCACAGAUAAUAGUAACAACUGUUUGCAGAACUGAAAUUAACAUGAUUGGUGUUCUUCUGGGACUAUGUAUAAGUGUGAACUUCUUGUGUGUUUUUAUUUCAGUCCUGAAAAGGCCAGUGCUGUUCUUGCACCUCUGUUGACACCUCAAGCAAUAGAAUUGCUAGAGAACUGUUUGUCGUCAAAGGAAUCAGAGGUCUGGAAACUUCUUGGACCAAACUGGAUCUACCCAAAGUAUGUAAAUGUUAGGUUUCCAACCAUUACACCAAUAACUAUAUAAGUAGCACGUUUGUACCCUAGCCGACUCCCGCCUCACCCCUCCUCUGGUUAAUUUUCUCUGGUGAAGAUUUUGGAUGGAAGAAAUACAUUCUCGCCAUCAUUUUUUCUUUAGAGAAGGAGUUGUUAAGAAAAGCCAUGCUUAUGCCAGAUAUAGUGAAACUCGGAAUAAGUGGACACCCAUGGGUACUUCAUAGGUGUCUGCUCAAUAGAGCGCCAGAAGAAAAAAUGAAACAGUAUCAAUGCUAAAUUUUCUGGGCUGGUCUUCCCGCAAAUUUCAUGAUCUGAUGAACCUGAUGACAUCGUACAUGAUCCAAAUGGUCCAAAAUGGCGGCUCACAAAGCUGAAUUUUUGCAGUCUUUGGAGAGGAAUUGUGUAGUGGCCGUGGAUGUCCGGAUAUGACCUUGUUGUUUCAGCUCUUUUUAGUUAGAAGCUAUUUCAGGAAAUCUAUCGAAAUCCAAACAGUCAGAACUACCACUAAAUUUAGAGAAACAUAAAAAUUUACCAACUCAAAAGUUAACAUUAAAAGAAGAUGUAAAUAAUACAGCCUAGACAGAGGAAGGCACGGAUGGACGAACUUGAAGAAGAUUAAAAAGUACUGCAAUUGUGGUUUUUGCAAACUUGCUUACCAUAACAGUUUUUAGAAGUUCGUUUUUGUUGUUUUAAAUGUUUGAUAUAAUGCUUAGGAGACAUCUGUUUUACAUGAAACUGUAUUUUUUCUCAUUUGCAAUAUCUUUGCUAAAGUUAAGUUCCAUUGUGAAUAAGGUCGUGUAAUUGGCAGCUACAUAAAUGAAGUCUGGUAAACUGCCCACCUACCCCUCCCCUAAAGCAACGGUAACACUUUCUUCUCACUUUGGUCAAAAUGUUGGCGUAAGGGAGGGGUAGGUGGGCAGUUUCCUAGAAACGUUUAAUGAUUCAGGAAAGUGAGUUAGACAGCUGCCGUGACUCAGAGCCCCUUUAAUGGUUCUAACGUGUGUACAGUAACUUAUUGGAUAAACUAUUAUCAGGUCAAACACGCACUUCAAGGAUCAGUUUAUUCCGCCAUACUCACCAGUGUUUAAAGAUGGAUGGGUGCCUCCUCAGGUCAUUGCUGGUAAAGAUAUCUCCUCUCUGUCUGCUGCUAUUGCUGCAAAUGCUGCAGCUGUUGCACAGCUUACUGAUGACAACAAAAAGGUCAGAAAAGAAAUGUUCUUGAUAACCUAUCCGUAUACACAAAUAUACUAAGUUUGCAUUUCUACAAUGGACUAUACCCUUUAAGCAGAACCUUGGAUGCACUGACCGCCAGAUCAGUUUGCCUUUUUUGAAAGGGCUUUCAAAAACUCAUUAAUACUUCGUAAAGAAAAGAGACAAACGAAAUCAAUGUUUAAUGAAUGUCUUUAUAUCUGAUAAAGACACGGCUAAACUUUACGUCCAAUUUUUUUAAGACCAAAAUAACCCCAAAUAUAAAUAUUAGUGCGAGAAUGAGGUGAUCCAUAUCAGAGAUUUUGAAGCCAAUCAAAAACAGACGCAGUCGUGUAUUAUCAGGUUUAAACAGUACAUGUCCCACGCUAUUUUCUGUCUUUUUAACAAGCUAAAACGUACCUUCGCGUCAAUUGAAUUUAAAACUAAUGGUCCAGCUUUGUUAUUUAAGACGAUAUUUAGACCUUGAUACUCUGUCUUGUCAUCUGUUGCUUUGGAUUGUAAGGGUGGACAUGGAUUAAAACGUGAAAAAAUUGGGGCAAUGUUGUCAAGUUUCAAAAUGCUACAUUUGUGAAAGUCACCAAAAAAUGUUUUGUUUAAUGCUUCCUGGUGAAACUUGUUUGAUAUCCUCGUCAUAACUCUACAGGAGCUUUGUGUAUGGGUGAUGGUGUAAUGACUUAAACAGCCAAAUCGUGAAAUGGCCUCUUUAACCCUUUAAGUCCUAAUAGUGUCCAACAACAAUUUUCUCCUAACGAUAUCCAUACAUUGUUAAGAGAUAAAGUUAUGAGGAUUAAUAAAAUGAUCACCACAGAGAAAAUGCCAUGAUCUUUUAUCAAAUUCUCGCAACUAAUUCUUAAAGGAAAUGUAUGGAGAUUAGUUUGGAGAAUUUGUAUGUGGAUAGUAUUGGGGCUUAAAGAGUUAACGAUAUUAAUCAGAGUGCUUUGCUCCAUUCAUAAAAAAUGAAGUUAAUCACAGCUCAUUGUUUGUGGUUUCUUUUUGGGGGGUGGUGGUGGAGGACAGUCAAAUAGAUGUUUGAAUUUUUUACUAUGAGACUACAUUAUGUUCACAAUUGAUUAGGAGGGAAAUAUUUAAUACCUUAAUCCUAGGUAGAAAAGCAAAUGUGACAUUUUGAAAUCUUAUUUAAGCUGCUGUUAUAUUUCAGGGAGAAGAUCGUUCCGUUGCAGCAAAUCUAGCAAAUUCAGCAGUCUUGUCAGCAGCAGCCAAGUUCAGACGACUGGCUAGUGAAAAGAAACCAGUUGAUAUACCACCAACAAGGUACUGACCUUAUACAGUCUACUCCCGCCAUUGCGCCUGUUACUAGGGACAUUCUUGGGACCGGAAGUUAAGCCCCUGUUUAUGUGGAGAAAACCUGUUUCCGUCAGAAGGGCCACCCUCCUAGUCGAGACAACUUUAGCAAGCGUUUAUGUACUGUUUAAAAAACGAGCCGGGCGUAUUAUUUAAAAUUUUGGUCUGAGAGUUUUAGGGUGAUUACACUGCGGGGCAAAACGCAAAAUCAUAUUUUUCUUGCACUAAUAUUUAGAUGUGGGGUUAUUUUGGUCUGAAAAAUUGGACGUAAAGUUUAACCGUGUCUUUAUCAGAUAUAAAGACAUUCAGUAAACAUUUGAAAUUAUUUUGUUUUUUUCUUUAUGAAUUAUUAAUGGUUGUUUGAAGUGAUAAAAAGUUUACCCCUUUGUCCUUGGCUUUGCCCGAACUAACAGCGCUCGCACGUGUUCUGAUUGUCUCACUCUGACCGAGUUGACCUAGCUGGGUGAGCCAAAGAUCCAUCACCACAAGAUGCUGUCUUGUUUGUAAAUCAAAGUGACAGGGAUCGAAUCAGGCCAAGAGAUCUUACAUACGGCACAACUAAAACAGCAUUAGCAGUGGUAUCUUACAGUUUUAAUGUUGAAAGCUUCAAGUUAGUAGCCAGUUUUGUUAAUGUUAUUUAAUAUUUUGCAGUCCAACGAAAAAAGGUUUGAGAAGAGUUCGCGUCAUGUACGAUUUCCAGGCAAGAAACAGCAAAGAGCUGACAGUUCACCAAGGAGAGGAAGUUGCAGUAAGUAGAUAAUUUAUGUCAUUGUGUUAUAUGCAACUUGGACUUCGAAUUGGAUUCUCCAACAGCAACCACGAUUUUGAACCCCUAGUCCUAAAUGGCAAACCCCUUGAAUUAGUCACCAGUGCCAAAUUGCUAGGCGUGACCAUUAGCCACGAUUUAAAGUGGAACAUGCACUCCUGAACUAAUUAGGAAAUGUUCCUCUCGUCUCUAUUUUUUACGUCAACUCAAGAGAUCCGGAGUGGCACCAAGUGAACUGGUGCAAUUCUAUGUGACAUGUAUUAGGCCCGUCCUGGAAUACGCAAGUCCUGUAUUCCAUCGUUCUCUACCAAACUACAUCAGUGAAGAUUUGGAACGGAUCCAAAGAAGGGCUUUCAGAAUCAUCUAUCCUGACCUGUCAUAUAGUGUAGCACUAGAAACAGUUGGCCUACCGAAACUUCAUGAGAGGAGAGAAAAGAUUUCAAUCGAUCUGUUUGACGAGAUCGUCUGUAACCCCACCCACAGUCUCCAUAGCCUCCUCCCCCAAAGGAAGAGUUGUAAAUAUGCACUGAUGUAGAUAAUUUUCUUAUUUUCUCUUUGUUAUCAUCAGUAUUUGUAAAUAUCCCGUAAUUCAGCCUAUGGCUGCAAUGGUGUUUAUAAUAAAGUAUCUAUCUAUCUAUCUAUGCGGGGCGACCCAGCUUUGUUUUAAGGCACCAAUAGCUUUUGUCUCCUUCGUACAGAUUUUUUCUUUUACUUCAAUUUCUUGUACUUCGUCAUUAAAGGGCUUGAAAUAAAAUCCCAGCUUGUCUUUAAAUAAGAAAAGUACAAGUUGCCCGUGGUUAUAGAGGUUGGGGCGUGGUCGACCUCAGUCUGCUACACGUUUUUAGUGUCUUCACGCAACGCUCCUCCCCACUAAGGAGCGUUGCGUGACGACACUAAAAACGGUCUAGGUCGACCUCGACAGAAGAGAUAAAAAAUGGCAUGUAUGACUUUGCUGCGCAUGCUUACACUCAGGAACAAAAAAGUAGCCCUUGCUUUUCUUCCAUCGUUCGCGCGGCCCGAUGUUUGAAGUGUGUGAGUGACUUGUUCCAGUUUUGUGCCGUUGCCGUUCGCCCUUAAAAAGCUGUCCAGUGAAGUGCAAACAAUUUGUGCGAAAGUUUGAGCCUAGCUGUGGAAUUCUUCUUCAUCGAUUAUUUGGCUUCCCUGUUGGGAUUAAAACAGUUUUGUCACCAUAAAAGUAGCACUAUUGUGUGUAUUGUUCUUGUUCUUGCUGUUGUUGUCGAACACGGGUUUAACAGCAGGUUUGAUAAUCUUGAGCUUUCAUUGUUUUUAGGUGCUGCUGGAUUCCCGCCAGUGGUGGUGUGUUCGAAACUCCGUCGGCUCGAUCGGUUUUAUACCAAACACAUUAGUUGAAGAAUCAGGUACGAACUUUUGUCCCUUGUUCUCACUUGUUUAUCCCAAUAGUUAUUUUAUUAUUUAAUACAGUUAAUUGGAUAUCGUGUAAAAUUCUCGCGCGCUCCGCACGAGCCUCAUGCACCCUGCGGACGUGAGAGACGUUAGAGAAGAUGUUUGGGGGCGCCACGAAGCUCUCAGAACGAGCUGUUUUAUUUCCCACGGAAGAAACGAGACAAACCUCGUCCCCAUGGCUUUUCCCUUAAAAAACUGGGUGGGGCGGGCCGCCCGAUUUUUUUUUUAAGGGAAAAGCCCUGGAGACGAGGCUGAAACGAGAAACAACUUGGCCAAUAGCUGACCAGCGCGUCCCCUGUAACGAUCCCAGAAUCAAUUGCGGCACACAUUUCGGCACCAGUUCCCGUCUCGUUUCUAAAGUUGCGAAUUGCGUGAUGGGACUAUAGAUGAAUGACACAAACAAUGUGCCUUCCCCUAGAAACAACAGCAGGUGUGUUUUGAAGGCAAUGAAAAAAGAGGUUCUGGAGAGCUUAGUAACUACAGCAUGUUCCUACCGAGUCCCACUCUGUUUUUUUUUUUGUUUGUUUGUUUGUUUUUUUCAAACUUGCUCCAAACCUUUCGUGCGACUAGCGCAGACUCAAAAUACGGCUUUUCUUUGCAGUUUAUCGAACUAAAUACCUGAGCACAAAGAAAUAAGAUACUCGAACCCUUGGUGACCAAAUAAAAAAUUACAGAGAUUUAGAAUCACGUUAGCGGCAAAUGGCAAGCGUCAGGUUCAAGUUGGCAAUUUCUCAAAUUUAGAAAUGAAAAGAUAAAAACAGGCCAAAACAACUGUUAUUGAUGAAACUAACGUAAAACGACCAGUAUUUGUGUUGAAGAAAUUAACAGUAAACGACAAGUAAAGGGAAACCUUGGUCAAGUGGUGCAAAGCCACGUUUGCUUAUGGCAAACAUAGCCUGACCAAGUCAGGCCAGGUCAUUUGGUCCAACUCGAUGUAUCUAUUCGAUCGUCUGGAUCAGUGGACAUUUUCAAAAAGCGUAUUAAACUGGUUUAUUUCACAAGCCUGUUGGACAGCACUUGUAAAGACUGUUUUUUUAUGUAACAACUAAUAAGUGAUUUUACGUGUGGACAUAAUUUCAUAUUUUAUUGUUUAUUAGAUUUUUUUUUUACUUGUUAGAUACGUAACUGUAGUUAGAUGUCCCCAAGUAGUAGUGUACGUUGUAUGCUAGCGACUUCGACACUAUAAUAAAGUUGUUACUUACUUAGUUGCCUUAAGUGACUCUAAAUCUCUUUAUUAUCAGCUGAUCAGCAGAUAAACGUCGAAAACAAUUGACAUGUGGAGCCCUUUAUAUUCACGAAAAAGCCGCGGGCUUCACCUCGUUACAUGAAAAGAAACUCCGCGCGCGCCAUCGAAGCCCCGCAUUUGUCUUGCACUCAUACGAGAUUUUCUGAUCUUGCAUUUUAGUGGUGCUUCCCAGUCCACCAACAACGGCUCCACCCCCUGUACCAACUACACAGUUGACGUCAUCUCAAACAGCGGUACGUCAAUUCCCUUCUCAUCUUGUAGAAAUUAAAACCUUUAGGGCCAUUAUUUAAUGUUUGUUGACGUUGUUAGUUUCGUUUUCUCAUUAUUAAUCUCACCUUCUUGACCAUUGACAUGCAAAAUAGUAACGUGCAUGUUUCCACAAUUUCGUAAUUUACUACAGCUAUCGGAAGAUAUUUUCUUAAAGGGUAUUCGUAAAAAACCAUUAUAAUAAUUCUCUUUACAUAAAUAGUUAUACUUGCCCUUAACUCAUUAGUUGACUCUGAACGAUACUAACGGCUUUACUUUGCCGUGUUUAGGUGCAGAAACUUGAGACUGCAACUGUACAAUCUUCAUCAUCAGCAAGAAUAUCAACAACAACAUCUACACCAACCACAGCACCAAAACGGACAUCAGUAACAUCAACAACACCGGCUCCACAGGAGACUUCGCAGUUUCCUCGUGUGGAGCUGCGCCCAGUUGGAAUUUCAAAGUCAAACCGCCCCGUCUCCGCUCCCCCUUCACAGAUACUGGUCCCCCCACCACUUCCUAGUAGCCCUUCACCUUCUACUCCUCCACCACCGGCCACACCUCCGCCCCCGGUGAAUACCAACAAAAAUGGCACAACACAGAAAGAGAAAGGUUUGGACGGAGUUAGUUGUUGCUUCUCGUUGUUUUCCGGCUCUAACUCCCAGAGAUAGUGAUAAAGUAGCGUGCGUGGCAGGCGCCGGUUAGUUUAAUUCUACCGCGCGAGGGGAACACGAGAAUUUCUCAACUUCAACUUCAACACUGUUAUUAAAACGCGUUAAAAUUGUGUGCAACAGUGUGAAUUUGCUUAAAAGAAACAUGUUCGAUAACGUGAAAAAUAGAAAUGCUACUCUAGAGUCCAAAAAUUGUUUUAAAUAUCUUGGUGUGUUGGUUGAUAAAAACCUUACUUGGAAAUAAUUAUCACGUUGACGCUAUUUCGGCAAAAAUCAGUAAAACUGUUGGACUUAUUUCAAAACUUCGGCACUCCAUAUUUCGUCAUAUACUUUUAUACAUUUACCAAAAAUUAAUCCACCCUUACCUAAACUAUGGUCUUGCUGCCUGGGGUCAGGCAUCCAAGACUUUCCUUAUUAAAAUUCUAAUUCUCCAAAAGGAAGUGCUCCGCCUGAUGUAUUUUAUGGAUGUACGUGAACACGCAAUUCCUCUAUUUGUCGACGCUGACAUAUUACCAGUGACAUUUAUGUAUUAUAAAGCUGUAGCUAGUCUACUAGUCUAAUGCACGAUAUUAACAACAACAAUUCGCUACCAAAUCUCUUAAAUUUAUUUGGAAAAACCUCAACAAUUCAUUCAUGCAAUACACGAUCAUCUACUUCUGGUAACUUUCACGUUAAAAGCUAAAAGCUGGAAAUACGCAAAAACUUCUUGUCUCGUUUUGGCGUAAAACUUUGGAAUGAGAUACCUUGUCAUAUUGGAGAUCUUCCUAAAAAGGAAUUUACAAAAGUUCUUCACAGAUUGCUUUCCGAUAUCUUAAAAAGAGAAGAUGACUAUAUUGAGACGGGAUUGAUAAUUGAAAAAGUUGGAUUAACAGUUAAGUGAUUUCUUUGACAAAAUUAUACGCUUUCCUCUCUCCAUCAUUUCCUUUUUCGUUUUUCCUUAGAUGUAAUGUAAUUAAAAUAAAACUGUGAUAGAAAUAAGAAUUAUUGUAACUUAAAAUAUUUUCGUUCCUUUCCUUUCACUUUUUUCUUCUUUUAACUGGGCCGCCUAGAUUAGCAAUAACUAUUUUGCGCGCCAGUCUAUUGUAAUUACUAUUUUUUGUUAAAUAAAGUUGAAGUUGAACUGUUUCUUUUUUUUUUCAAUAGCUUCCCUUCCUGCAGGCACAGACUUUGCCAUGGCAAUUCAAGCAAAGAAUCUCAAGAAAGUCGACAAGGAGGCUGAAAAGAAACGACGGGAAGAUUUUAAUAACAACAGAUGUAAGAACUAUUUAUUCAGUGUUACAUCCACUCCAACACGACGGCUACUGAACUAGGCCCUGUUUAUAAGGACAAACGUUGUCCUUUGGGCUUGAUUUACCCAGCCGGGUUGGCUCGCUUUGCCAAAACUGCGACACGUGGACAAAACGCAACAAAAAUCAACAUUGUGAUUACAUGACUCCAGCCAUCCCGUUUACUUAGAAUCCAGGUAGCGAGAUGGCGUAAUACAGGGAUAAUAGUGAUCAAUAGUCAUCUCAGAAAUUGGAACCAGCUCGGCUCUUAUAAUCAGACCUUAGGGUGAAUUCAUUUGCAGUAUAAGCGUAUAGCCGUCGCAUUUGCUAUUUGGGAUUUUUGUUUUGUUUUUGAGCUUAAAAUCCAUGAAAAAUUGCAGAGGACAAAUGCGACCGCUAUACGCGCACGCUGCUAAUGGAUUCACCCUUCAAAAAACGACAAAUGUUAGAUGUGGGGCUUAUGUGAUCGUCACGUUUAUGUACGAUGUACGUGGUAUUCUCUUGACCAAAGUAAACGACGAAGUAACAACGGAAUUGUUUUAUUAUUUUUUUGAAACGAUGUGUUUUCAAACUUCUUGUUUCUUGUUUGCGAAGCAAUACGUUAAAAGAUGUUCUGUUUUUCAUUUUUAUGAUAGUAAGCUCAUCGGAUAUGUUAAAUGACGAGCUGAAACGAAGGAUGUCGUCAAGUCAAAGUGGACUGACACCCAAAGCGGAAAGGAAAGGUAACUGUUUUGGAGAUAGCCAAAGGCCGAUAGAACAUACCAAACAAUACUGAUCUUUGAUUGAAUGGUAACGCGUUAAUUAUUUAUUUAGACUAAAACUUAGAAUUAUCAAUGUUACAACUUAGGUGGACUCAAGUUGCAAGAUUUCAGCCAGAGUGUCUAAUAUUGGAAUUUUAGAAAUUUAGGAUCACAUUUUAGGCAAAUAACAAACGUCAGUUUGAACCUCUUGACCUAGUACUUGUUGUUUACUGCGCACUAGCCCGCGUGAGCAAGCGUUUUCAAUCAACUGAUUGCGCAAAAGUUGCGGCGAGAGCAAAAGAAAUUCCGCGUUUUUGCUCGCGUCCCAACCUUCUCGAAGAACUCGCGCGGAAACUCUUGCUACGCAGGUUAACUGUUCACUAUAUCAACACAAACCUAUUUAGUUUCAUGCCAAUUUUCUCCAUAAGAAUUAUUUCGGAGAGUUUUUAUCUGCACCUUUUGUAAUUGAGCCAAAAAUUAUGUUUACCGAUCUUAAAAACAUGAUACCUACCUCCUCCAACCCCAUUUUCGCCAAAGGUUUCCAAGAUGGUAUUCAACACUGACCAUUGAACUGAAUAAUAAGAUCGAGUCUGAAAAUGAAUAAGUACUUGUGUACAUUCGUAGCUGGUUGACAAGCUAAUCAGGAUGCCGUCACUUUGUUGAUGUUAAUUACUGUGUAAUGGUGCUUAUCUUCAAGGCCCUUUUACAUACAAAAAAGAACUCAUAGAAAUGUUGUUUUGUAUUUUAUUUCAACAGACAUUUCACCCACUGUUCACUUAAAUGCGGAGUCAAACGCCGCAGAAGUUCAAGAAUGGCUGAAGAGUAAAGGUUUUGCGCCAAGGUUUGUUACUGAAAAUUGUCGUUUCUUUUAGUUGCGUAAAAUUUUUUGUGUGAAAUCUGAGUGAACACUUUGCACUCACUGCAGACCCCUUUGGAGGUGCUCGUAUGUUGGUAAACCACUUUAAUCCAGCGAGAAGUCAAAUUUUAGGCAAUUUUAUUAUUAUUAUUAUUAUUAUUAUUAUUGUUAUUAUUAUUAUUUUAAUCGAGGAAUAUGUAACUGGAGCCUAAGAAACGUUGUUAAGUUUUGCUAAACUCAAAGGUCCACAAUGGAGGUCAGCAGUCUUGGGACACUUGUCACGAUAAGACUAAACCUGAUUCCCCCCCCCGCCGCAAAAAAAAUGUUUUUUGUGCGCCCUUUACACUUAAAACAGACCUGUAAAGUGUUUUAAGCGAAAGUUUAGAGAAAAGACUAAUAAUUAAUUGAAAAAAAAAGCGGUCUGGGAAUCCAGUUCUGACUUUUAUUAAGAGUCAUUAGCGACACUACUCCUUUAAGCCAACCUUGCAUGUAUCAUGGAUUGUUUUCUCUUUGCCACUUUAUUGCAGCUCCGUGACAGCUUUGUCCGGAAAGACCGCUAAGGACUUGGAUCAAAUGACGAGAGAACAGCUAAAGCAAGCUUGUGGUGAAUCUGAAGGAUCAAGGAUUUAUAGUCUGUUCACAGUUCAGAAGGGUAGUUGGAAGGUAUUAAUAGCCAUUCUUCUUGCAAAAAUAAAUUUGCCUUCUGAUGCCGUAUGCCGGGAACUAUACUAUUUACUAGAGAUGUCUGACAUAAGACAAAAAAAUAACUUUUUUGUUUGUUUCUUUUCUUUUAGGUUGUACCGAAAGGAUCUGAAUUAGCAGUAAGUGCAACUUAUAGCCCUUUAAACACUAAUGUCCACAUAUAAAUUCUCCAGACUGAGCUCAAUGCUUUUCCUUACCGAAUUACUGGGGAGGAUUUGAUAAAAGAUCAAAGAAUUUUUCUUUGGGUGAUCAUUUUAUUAGUUCUCAUAACCUUCUCUCUUGGUUAUGUGUUAAUAUUUUAGGUCUUGUUAGGAGAAAAUUAAUGUUGAUCCAGGGUGUAAAGAGGGUCAGUUUUACAGCUCGCCAUCCAGACAAGCAGAAGCUACCAUGUACCAGCCCAAAAGUCAUUUCAACUAGCCUGAAAAGAAUUCUUGACCGGCAAAAUUGAUAACAGUUCCUCUGUAAUUUGAAUUCUCAAAAAACAAUUUCACUUACCAGGUCAGGCAAGUUAAGAACAGAAUUCACUAACCCGAUAGCAAAAUCCACGAGACCCUAGACUACGAGCAGUUUCUCUUUUUGCUUAGUCCGUUGAGAGAAACGCGCGAAACACGGAAAUGACCACGCGCGUGACUAAAGGCGCGAGACGAAAAAGAGACACUGCUCGCAGUCUACUAGACCCAGGCUAAACUGAUUUUCUUUAAGGUGAUGUUACACGAGACGAUUCGCAACGACGAUUUUUAGUACAACACAGCGUUUCAACAUUGUUGCGACAUUGUUUCGAAUGGUUACAACAUUGUUCCAACAUUGAAUCACCUUUACACGCUGUGUUGGUCACUUUUGGGACUUGGGGGCAGCGGCGUAGCGUCCAUAUACACACAUACGUACGCCCGUGUGUACAGCUGAAAUCUGGAAAAUGCAUAUUUUAAUUUCCUGAAAGCAUUUUUAUCAUUAAAUCGGGAUGAUUGAUUAAUCGUUCGCAUUAUGUUUGUAUCUUUACCCGUCUGAAGGGUAGACAUCUCGCUCUUUGCUUGAACCUCCUUGCGGGUGGCGUCACUGUUUGACCUAUUUUCCGGUUAACAUUGCACCUUAUCAAGAGCCAUAAUAGGACCUAUUAUGGCUCUUGACCUUACCGAGAACAGUAGCGAUGUAAAUUAAACAACUGAUUAUUGCAUUUUCCUUUGUAUUUAUUUACUGAAAAUGUCCUGCGGAAAACGCAGGAAAUGGCAUUUCUGAGCUGCUAAAUUUGAAAUAUUUUUUGGGGGAGCAUGCCCCCAGACUACCCCUAGUUUGCAGUACUUUCGGAGAUCCAACCUUUCUUCCCGUGAGUAAACCUUCAAAACCUCACGAUACGCCCCCGAAAGGGUUGAAGCAAAAGCAAUAUAUUGUGAAUGGGUUUGUAACUAGUAACCUGUGAAUUGGGCAAUUAUGAAUAACUUUUUUCUUCAAGUUUAUAAUGAAAAGACGCAAGGAACGUUCAGAAGAAAUUGGCGAAAAGGAGCCGGAAAACUCCGGUGAGCUCCGGGUCAUAGUGGCUAAUGCUAAAGCAGCCGCGGCAAAGGAAGAGAUAGAGAUUGUAAAUGGAUCAUCCGAACCCGCUCAGCGCAGGUCAAGUCAGCUCAGUGCGCCUGCUCCUGCUGUGAAACCACGUCCCAAUAGCUUUGCCGGGACUGAGGUCAAGUCCUCUGCCGACACUGGAAGAGAGCGUACGUCAUCAUACGGGCGAAAGGCUGAAAUGACACGACAGGAGACUUUUGAGAAAGAGUUUAUUCCACCGCCACCUGUGCUGGAUUCCGAAGAUCAGUUGAACACGGACGAAGGAACCUCGAGGGUAUGUGAUUGAUAGCCAUAAGUUAAUGGAAUUGAUACAAAAAGUAUUCACACACUUAUUCGUAGCAGCAAAAAUUUAUCCUUCUACAGAACUCAGCGUUUCGUAGCCCUACUAGCUCUAGCCUUUGUGCCAGGCUCUUGAAGGGGAAGGGACAGGUGGGGAUUAAGCUAAAAAAGGCCAGGUUUUGUGCGUCGACUCCGGUAAUCGAACCCAGAACAGAUUCUGAUUAAUGACCGCGAGUGCUUUCAACAAUGCGCUGCGAAGAACAAGCCGAAAUUUAAAAGUGUUUUAUCAGCUUCAUGAUCAUGUACUGUCCAAUUUUUCUUAGGUGAGGAAAGUUUCUGUAGAAGACGUCGAGAAAAUUGCCCGUGAGCAGAGGAAACAACAGGAGUUAAUUCUGGUGAGAUUACUUCCUUUUGGUUUGCAAGCCCAGGCGUUACGCCUUAGAAUCAUAAGCUUACUCUGGGAAGUCAAUUCCCCCACUAAAGAAACGAGACGGGAUCUGGGCCAAAGUGAUUUUCGCAAAAACCUCCGGGAGAAAUUGGCCAAUAGCUGACCCGCGCGUACCCAGUAACGAUCCCGAUCUUAAUCCCGAACUAAUAGCGGGACGCAUUUCGGUCCCAGUUAUCUUCUCGUUUCUGAAGUGGCGAUUACACUGCCGUCUGCAUGUCAUCCGCUUUUUUACUAAUGUAGUGUUAAUCGCCUUUCUGGUACAGGAACAUGAUAAGCAGCUUUUCCUGCUUGAACAGCUUCAAAGACAAAAGUUGGAGCUGGAGGUGCAGAAGCGAGAAUUUGAAGAACAGCAGAAAAAGCAAAAAGAGGCCGAGUUAGCGGUAAGUUAAGUGGCGUGACAGUGUCACACACCUAAAACCUUGUUGCUAUCAAGCAUUCGCGGGGUCACGAGUUAGCGGGAAGAAUGUGACACAACUAAAACCUUUUUGCUAUCGAGCUUUGGCGGGGCCACAUACCAUUUUUAGAAAGCGGAGAAAAUGUGGUAAUUUGUCGGAUGUAAGAUUGUAAUCAUACGCAGUUGGUUGGUUUCUGAUACGCCAGCGAGGUUUCCCGUUAGAUUCUUGACAAGCGAACAGUUUUGCCUGGUUUAGAAUAUCUCUGGUCGAGUAAUUUUUUGUUUCCGCAAUAGAGUAAAAAGGUGUGACGUUACAAAUAUUAGAAAUUUGUCAAAUUAUGGGAUUUGUCGAGCGAAAUUCCGAGAGAGCAAGGCCAAGGUGUUUGCCCCCUUGUCAGAAAUCUUAAUUACAUUCUUGCGGUUUCAUUUCCUCCAUGCAAGUUCAAUUAUUGCUGUUUGAACUUCUCAGUAACAUUUCCAGUGUCAAGGCAAGCACUCGCAUUCAUAUUUAAACUCAGUCUAAGUCUUUUAUCACGUGAAAGUUUAUCACAGUCACGUGCGCAGCCAAAGAAAGCCUGACAAAAAAAACUACUAGGCUCGGAACGGUAUUCGAACUCAUGAUCUCUGCGAUACCAGUGCAAUUCUCUUAACUCUGAUUGGAGCUAUUGAGCCAACUAGGAGCUGGUCACUUUGUGACUUCGCCACCCGGAGACGGUGAAGAUCUAAAACUGAGCAUAGAUAAUUACAUAUAUUUGAACUGCGGAACAAAUAUUUCAGUACCGUAGUAAAAGUGUAGGCUCCUCUGAUAUCCAGAUACCGCAACUUCAAGUCGCGGAAAAAAGCAGGGCUGAAUCGGACUCCUCCCUUUUUUUAAUAUAUUACGUUCAUUUUCUUCAAGGACCAACACAGGGAGCUUCAGCGUCAAAUUCAAGCCCAACAAGAUCAGCUCAAAGAGAACCAGAGCAAACUCGUCGAACAACAGCAGCGUCUUUCCAGCUACGAGAAAGUGUCUCCUCAGAUCACCUACGCUGCUAUCCCCCCUGUGAUGCCGCAGGUUCCGGUGAUGCCGCAGGGAGUUCCAAUGGUGCCGCAGGGAGUUCCGAUGAUGCCGCAAGGGGUUCAGGUGAUGCCCAUGGGGGGUAUGCAAGCCGGAGCUCCUACGUACCUCCCCCUGGGGGGAAUGCAACCCGUCUAUUCUCCCUAUCCGACAACAGUAUCUUCAACGGGCGUGGCGCACAUUUUACCCACUUUAAGUGUGCCCACAGUCACUACAAUGCCACCUUCAACGUAGUUCCAUUCCAGCUGUUACUAGUGCUUAGUCUCCUCCGCGGACCUUUCUUUUUGUCGUCACGCUGCGCCUUGUGUGACGAAACAAAGAACGGUUGCCCAGGAAACGAACUAGUAUGGAAAUGGAUUUAGUUAAAUUAGAUUUAAGUUUAAAUCUGGGAUUUAAUGCAAAAUUUCCCCGGUGUACGUCAAAAUAUGUUAUUUAAUUUUGCCAGUGGAAUCAUAGAUGGCAGUCUUUGGAAGGGCCAUUUAUUUUCCCUAAGAAUAUAUUUUCAGUGACCCGUGAGGAAGCUGCAGUUCCUCGCUAAAAUGAAAGAGCUGAUCCAGGUUUUCAAACACAAAGUCGUUUGAAUCUUUUAAGGAAGCUAUGAUUCACAUCACUGUAAACAUAAACAUUAUUUAUGAUUUAUGCCCUUUAUCAUAUUGUAAAGCAUUUGCAUCUACGACAGCGACGCAAGCGAAAACGUUAGUUUACCUUAAUUAUAUCAACGCCCAUUCUCUGUUCUUCAUGCAUUUAAGUUAAUUAUAUCAACGCCCAUUUUCUGUUCUUCAUGCUUUUUAUUAUAAAAACACUCACUAUCUGUUCUCCAUGCAUUUGAGUUAAUUAUAUCAACGCCAUUUUGUUCACCAUGCAUUUAAUUAAUAAUUCUAAAAGCACUCAUUAUCUGUUCUCCAUGUAUUUAAGUUAAUUAUAUCAACGCCCAUUUUCCGUUCUCUAAGCAUUUCACCUUGAUGUGUGGCUUCAAUUGUAAGUGCAGAAAUCCGGGUAAAUAACUGAACUGUUCUUGGCAAUUUUUCACAAAAACUUCAAUUUGAUCCUAAAACUAUACUGUUGUUUCAUUGACAACGACAGAGUUACUUGCCUUAUUGUCAAACCUCCGUCAUUUUUCAUCACAGAGAGAGAUAUAGAGAGAGCAUGAUCUGAACCAAUUUCCAUGUAAUUUUCCUGCCGGGGUAAUUUUCGGUGGAUUUCUUUGAUUAAACGUCUGUGAAUCGCGAAUCAGAAAAAGAAACAAAAAACCCACUUUGUAAGGCUCUCGACAGCCAGGGUGGUUGGUGACAUUUUCCUGUCAAUUUGUGUACAAUUAAUUAGAUUUACUGGACUUAGAAUUGUGUAUGGUCACUUAAUAUAUUAUAGUAAUGGUAGAAUUUAUGACACUUUUGUGUUCAAGUAACCAAAAUGCAGUUGUUAUUAACCCAGUGUAUCGGCAGAGCAAACUUCAAAGGCUCCUUUGAUAGUUGAUAUGCAUUCAUUCUGGUUUGCUUUCUUGUGAACAUUCAUGGUAGCUUUUGCCCUUUUUUCUUUUGUAAGUCGCUGACAACCUCUUCUGUACUGACCUGACUUGAGAGUAUUUUCAGUGUCCAGUGAAUAUGCAAUGGAUACACAGGACUGGUCUGGUAUAAAAAUGUGACCGAUGGGAUGUCGACAAGUGAAAACGUUGUGUGAAAGAAUCCAUUGGUAUCACUCUGAUUUUUCUAUGAAAAUGCUGUUCUUAGUAUAUUACAUCAAAUGUUUGCAAUAUCUUUGUUUUCCCUUCCUUUGAAAUGUACUGCCAGGAGAUCAAGUAGACCUCUGUAUGAAGCUUUUGAUUGCCUUUUAACCGCGAGGGAAUACAUUCUUUGUAUCAAAGGGGCUUUGAAGUUUGUGCAGGACAUAGUGGACGCUAGGGUUACUUUCAAUGUUAUACUCAGUAGAAAAUAAAGUUGUAGAGUAGAAUGUAGACUGGGAUGCUCAGUAAGUUAUAAAUACAUUUUAAUAAAUUUGAAUACAAGCAAGUUUACCAACUGCCAUUAACAGGACUAGGAAACACUAUUUACUCUUAUCACUUACCACAGUUACCAGACCGAUGCAGAAUUGACCGAACUAUUAAAAUGACUGUUUAAGGGCCUGUUUACAUGGAGGUGGUGGACCCCAGAUAGGUCAGGUAACACGUGGCGGGUCACCCCACCUAUCAAUGUAAACCUGAUGAGACAUUAGACAGGCGGGUUGCCCCUCCUAAUUGGCUUACCCCCACCUACCUGGGGUCCCCCACCUCCAUGUAAACAGACCCUAAAACAGUAGAAGAACACAAAAUAUAGAGACAGAAAAUCCACUUACAUCCAGCGGGUAAAAUUGAAAAGUAGCGGCCAGCUGUUUUUUAAGUUUGCCUCAGUUUCUAUGCUGCUCUGACUUAUAAUGCUCGGGAAUAAGCUUCAUAAUUUUUGCUACGUGGUGAUAAUUUUUCCAAUAAACGGCUAUCCGUUUUCAUCAUUUUGUAGUUUAAUGGUUGUAGUAGACGAAAAUAGGCCAAAUCUUUAGAAAUACGGCUACCAAGCUAGGACCUUUCUCGGAGGCAAAGUACAAACAAUUUGGGCAACGGUGGGUAAGAGAAAGUUGUGAAACUUAAUUUUCGCCGCUUUCUCUUGAGUUUGCCUCUGAAAAUCCUGCUCUUUGGGACACCGCAGGUAUAUGUAUAUUUUUGAAAAGGACGUUCACGUUUUUGAUUACCCGCUGGGUAGAACAUGAUCAUUAUAUUUGUAUUUAAUUGAACAUGGAAUAUUUCUCUAUUGUAAUAAACUUAAAUAAACAUUGAAUAAGCUGU